AUGAGCGCGUCAAUCAACUCAGAUGUCACUCUAUUGACAGAACACCUCACAUACCGGCCAGCUGCCCUAAUAGAUGAUAUAGUAAAUAGCAUCAACGUCCUCGCAUUCAAAGCCUCCGAAGCCGUUGAGAAAGGCCUCCUCUCCGCCGACCCCAAAGACCUAGGCUUCAAGACCCCCUCCCAGACCUCCUCAUUCGACCCCUUUGCUGCGCAAGCCAUCACCGAGAAAGCAAAACAUGAAAUCGAGAACGGCGUCCACCAGCUCGAGACCCUCCUCGAAGCGAAAAUCGACAAGAACUUUGACAAGCUGGAGAUCUACGCGUUACGGAAUAUACUGAGUGUACCCCCCGAAGUGCGCGAUUGGAUCCGAUUGAGCCAUUACGAGGGUCUGAGCUUUGCGCAGGAUGAGCAGGCGCCGAAUACGGAGAGUGUGACGCUGCAGAGGAGGAAGUUGAGAGAGACGCAGAAAUUGCAUGCUUUGCUGAGGGCGGAGUCGGCGAGGAAUGAGGCGACGAUAAGGUCUUUAAAAUCGUUGCUGUUGAAUCAAGUAGAGAAGGUGGAGCCUGGGCUGGAAGAAGCGCAGACGUCUGCGCCGUUUGCGUUUUUGCAGAAGAAGGGAGAAUUAACGGGGGAUGUCAAACAUCCCGUUACGACGACGACGGAGUUCACGAUUUCGCAGCUACCGGCGCUGAAGACUCUAUUGGAGGAUUUGAGGCCGAGGCUGGGGGAGUUGGCGAAUGGUGGGGGAAAGGAGGGAUUGGUGGGGGAGGAGGAGAAGUCUUGGAGGAGGGAGAGGCUAGAGUUUGUGGAGAGGGAGACGAAGAGGCAUUUGGAGAAUGUGAGAGGGUUGGAGUUGGGCGAGAUGGGAGAGGUAAGAGAUGGAGAGUGGCAAGGCGAGGGGCGCAAGUUGGGGAAGGGAGAGGUGGAGGAUUUGGAGAGGGUGGUGGGAAUGGUCGGAGGAGAUCCUAUGGAUCAAGGUCCGUAA